CAUCGUUUUCCUCGUGAUUUGCGAGGACUUCGCGCCGACGCGUGCGCGAGCGGCGCGAGAUGGACUUUCCGAGGGAUGUAAGCGACAUUCACCGCGUCGCCGUCGGCAGGUUUCCCCAUGUUUCUCCUCGGGGCUGACGUUUUCGGCGCUCCCGUCCGAUCGCGAGAGCGGUUCGUGGGAAAAGAGCGGGAAAAAGUGCGCCGCGCGCUCUACGAUUCAACGUCUCCGCGUUUCCCAACGGGGAAAAAACUAAUUUGCGACGCAAAACAAGGACGGUGUGAAACGGUUGCUUGAAUGAAAGCAUCGGGGUGAAGUAAAAAACAACAACAACGAAGUGUCAAAUAACGUAGGCUAGGCUAUAUUUUCUUUGAUAUAGCGAGGGUAAAAUUAUGUAUUUAUUUUUUUCAUUAAUAAAUGUUCAUUAGAUGUAGAUUUAACAUACUAAAUGUAACUUUAACAAGCAAGCAGUGAGGUGAAAAUAUAAAGCAUUGCCGUAUAAUGUAAAUCAUAGUAUUACUGUAGUGCGCACAGAUAUGAUCUGAACCAGAUCAGCUUCAUUAGGACUGCGGGCAUCAAACAUCUCGCAGCGAGCGGACUGGGGAUCUGCCUCACAAGAAAAGUGAAAAAACCUCGCUCGCACGGUCGCUAAAUGUCUUUAUUAGCAUUUAACCCGCCGGAUCUUUCGCGGGAGCGCAAAUUAAUGUGAUUCGCGGGACGGGAGAUUUGGCGCAGCGACCCGAAAGGAUGAGCUGGACGCUUCACCCGCAACAUGGAGACGCGGGAGGACACGCUGCUGCAUCCCUGCAAUAAAACACUGCGAGGAGACCUGGACAUCCGAAGGGUUUUGGCUCGCCACUGAGCGCUUCAGAGGGGGAUUUAUGCGGACGAACAAUCAGCGGGAUGGGGACGGAAAUGGACGGAGAACUACUUGAUUGAGCGCGAGGGUGAGUCCGGUAUUUAACUCGCUAAAUCUGCCUGAAGCGGAUCCACAAGUGGUGUGCUUUGAGGGAUUCGGGGGGCAGGUUGUUCGGAAAGUGGCAGCUGAAUGCAUAAUUGUUCUUAAAAGCAGAAACGCGUGAAAUGCGUGAAACAAACGCCGCGUUAAGGAUCCCAGAAGAUCGUCUUCUCAAAGCAGCAGCUCUGAAGGAGCCAAUGAGAAAUGCAUCAACUGAGUGUUUCUGCUAUUUUAGAAGUUCUCUGUCGUGUUUGACGCGCGCCGUCUCGUUGCUAACAGGCUCUCGGCUCGUCCUGAAGGCGCAGCUCUAGAGGAUCCAUGCCAUUGCGUCGGUCGCUGUCCACUGCGCCCGUGGUGCUGAGAUCUGGAUGAUGCCGGCGCAGCGACUGCAGGGCUGCCGCUCCCUUCACAUCAACGAAGACAAUGGGCGCUUUCUGCUGCUCGCCGUGCUCAUCAUCGUGUACCUGCUGUGCGGCGCCGCGGUGUUUUCCGCCAUCGAGAGGCCGUCCGAGCUGCGAGCGCACGGGCGCUGGAACCGGACCCUCCUGAACUUCAGCGAUACCUUCAACAUCAGCUUGCAGGAUCUGAGCUCCUUCCUGAAAGAGUACGAGGCUGCGAUCGCCGCUGGAGUUCGGGUCGACGCUCUUCGACCCAGAUGGGAUUUUACUGGAGCGUUUUAUUUUGUUGGGACAGUGGUGUCUACUAUAGGAUUCGGGAUGACCACCCCUGUGACAGUAGCUGGAAAGGUUUUCUUGCUCUUCUACGGUCUGUUGGGCUGUGCGGCCACCAUCCUGUUCUUCAACCUCUUUCUGGAGCGCAUCAUUACCCUGCUGGCCGUGGUGAUGAAGGCCGUGCGUCUGCGCCGCCUGCGGACCAGCGGCCUCCUCCCGCCGGGGAUCUGCCAGGACUUCGCGGCGAGUACGUUGCCCGGCUGGAAACCCUCGGUUUACCACGUGAUGCUCAUCCUGGGUCUGUCGGCCAUCGUGAUCUCCUGCUGCGCGUCGGCCAUGUACACUCCGGUCGAAGGCUGGGCGUAUCUGGACUCGCUGUAUUUUUGCUUCGUCACCUUCAGCACCAUCGGUUUCGGGGAUCUGGUGAGCAGCCAGAGCGCUGCCUACGGCUACCAAGGACUUUACCGGCUGGCCAACUUCAUCUUCAUCUUGACCGGAGUGUGUUGCAUCUACUCGCUCUUCAACGUCAUCUCCAUCGUCAUCAAGCAGGUCCUCAACUGGAUGUUGGGGAAAAUGAGCUGCUUGUGCUGCCAGCGCUGCAACAAAGCCAACGCUUUCCUGGGACGCCGCAACGCCAUCAGGCCCGGCUCGCGCCUCAGACGCGGACGCUUCGGCCGGACGCCGGACUCGGACGGGCCUUGCGAUAGCGACACCGAAGGACGCAGGCUCUCGGGCGAGAUGAUCUCCAUGCGGGACUUGACGGGAUCCAAUAAAAUCUCGCUGGCCAUCAUGCAGAAACAGCUGUCGGAGUCGGCGAACGGAUAUCCCAGAACGGUGUGCGGAAGCUCGCGGCAGAACGGCUUUUCCGGCGGCGUCGGCGCUUUGGGCAUCAUGAACAACCGAUUAGCAGAAACCAGUGACUCUAGGUAGAGGUAACCCCCGUAAAGCAUCUCAGAAACGAUUGUUUUUAGCAGUGAAACAUCUCUAACUCUCUCUGGACGUCGAGCAAAUUUCAAUUUUAGAGCUUGUGUAGAACAGCAUGGCAUGCAUGACCUGUGUAGGAUAUCCUGUAGGAUUUUUGGAUCGUGACUUGCUACAGCGUAUGCUGCGAACGCGUGCUAGGAAGUAACGGUGCGUCCAAAUCAUGCCGGAAAGAUCGUAUUUAUGAGCUGUUACGAGUGGGAAAUGAGUUGGGAUCUCUGUAUCAAUAGUAAAUGACCUCAAAUUAAUAAAAUUGCAUGUGUAACAUACCAUAGGACUGUGCAAAUAUAUAAUCAUUCAAUUUAAAAAACGUUAAAAAAAUUUUUUUUUAAAUCAUUUACUGUAUGUAUAAUACAUUAUUAAGUUUUUCAAAUGAUAUAUUUUCAUAAAAUGCAUUAUUAUAUUGAUUGGCAACCAACCAAUUCCCACAAAUGAGUUGUUUUUCAUGCAUUAUAAUCUAUAAGGUGUGACAAUAAUUUUGCAAUUAUUUGUGAGAUCAUACAGUGCAUUAUUAUUAUUAGUGCAUUAUAUGUAAGCCCAGUUUCAUAGACAGGUUUUAGCAGAAGCCAGGAUUAGGCCAUAGUUCGAUUUAAGUAAUUUUUAUAAACGCGCCUUUAUAAAAAAGCAUUGCUUGUGUGCAUCUUAGGGCAAAACAAAGGCACUGACUUGUUUUAAGAUCAGUCGGUUUCAGUUAAAAGCCUCGUCUGUGAAACCGAGGGGUUAAAGUCUUAAACCAAAAUACCCAGACCUGUGAUAUUUGAAUGCACCUGACGUCGUAAUUAUGAAUUCCCGACUUGUAAAAACGAACUUCCCGUGAGGAUUUGAACGCACCUCAAGUGACUCUGCAUAUUUUAAUAAUCAACCAAAUAAUUACCUGAAUCAGUUUAUUUAGAAAUUGUAGACAAUGCUGUACAACGUGAGCUUGACUACCAGUGGUUAUUCACAGGAGCUGAGCAGAGCUUGUCAAAUCUCAAAUACGUAAAAAGUAGCAUCCUAUUUACUUUCGGCUCACUCGGUUUACAACUAUACAUCAACUCAGUCAAUGUCGCAAGCAUAUUCGUUUUUACUUAGUCUUAGUCUUGCACUAAACCUCUCAACGGAAAGUCCAAGCUCAGUAUUUCGACACACUAAAGCGUCUCAAAAUGCAUGUUUUCUCUUAUUAUAUAUAGUUUGUGACAUAACAUCCAGCUGAAUUCAUUACCCGCGUAAUAAUCUAACUUUUAGGUUCAUGCAGUUAACAAAAAAUGUGUCGGUCUAUCAUUCUUCGGCGCUUCUUUUCAACAAAAAGUCAACUCUCCACUCUUAAAAACAGUACAAAAGCAUAAUACGUUUUAAGUUGUUAAUUGAUAACGUUUGUAGUCUAUUCUGACCAGUUUUAUGGUUAAAUCGUCCUUAAAACAGUAAUCUAAUCUAAAAUGUAUUAUGUUUUAAGCAUCGCUGGAAAACAAAACUACUAAACAGGUAUUCGUUUUUUUAGUUUUCGGCAGAUCUAGAACUCUACUGCGGGACGCAUACCACGUGAGCUAGUGUGCGGCAGACUAAAGUCGUACAAAGCUUGCUUCUGUGACUUAACAAGUAUGCAGAUUAGAGGGCUGGGAGGUUGUGAGUUUGUACAGUAUAAGCCAGCGCGUUUACUGUACCCCUUCGGAUCUGUCAGUGGGGAUCUCACGACAAAGAAACGCCGCCGUUUGGAAAAUUUGACACCCUCGUAGUAAUACGUUGAGAUGCGCCAAUGGGCUGAGCAGAGCAACUUCAAAGCCAAACUCUGUCGCUCCCCAAAGAGGAGAGAGGAGGAGCUGAAGAGACGGAGUGAAGGAGAAUAAAGUGGAGAAGCCCUGAGAGAGAGAAUACGAGACUUCAUCCUCUAUCAUCAUAUUAACACUGUCUGUAAAAUCCUCUCAGAUGGGGUUCGCUACACCUGCCCUUGUUUGAUCGAAUGCAUAAUAAUAGAAUAGAAGUUUGGGAACGAAACGAAGCCCUUUAAUCGGAACAGAGCGUCGCUUGUAAAACAUUCAUAUCUUGGAAAGAAUCGAUAAGAGCGUAAAUGUCGCUUGAGACGAAAUAUAAAGCGAAGGCUUGAAAAAUUGAACUUAAAACAUGUCCAAAUGUGGUAUGAAAACUUAUUUCGACUUGGGACGCGAGUUGAUUUUCCCGAGCCCUUCGGCAGACGCUUGGUUCUUGGUUUAAUUAUGAGCUCACUUCAUCUCGAUUAAUUCUUAAUAAAACAAGACUUCUCAUUGGAUGGGCUUUUGCGUACAUGCAUCUCUAUCUGCACUGGAAAAACAACGAAGACGUUAAGAAAAACUGGGAUCCGGUGCGUCGCAUUUAGAGAACGUUAUGCAUUGCAUUCCCUUUCAUUUGUUUCUUGAGUUGAAUGCGUUUACAGGCCCAGUCCUGUACUCUGAUAUGCUUUAAAAGCAGACCACCUUGAGGUCUUUAAGAUUGGCAUGAAGUUUGUAAUGGAUCGGCAUCAAAAUGUAACCAAAUUGUGUCAAAUGGAAAUGAUCCGUACCAAUCAGUUUGCAGAAUGUCCUUUAAAAGAUCAUGCAUGCACUCAAUAGCACACUUAGAUUUUCCCGUUAUUUAGAAGUUGUUUUGCGUUUGCAUCGGCGUAAUUAACAUUCUGCCGGCAUCACUGAAAUCUAAUCAUUUCAAAAGCUCAUGUAAACAAGACUUCCUUGUUGGCGGUUUAUUAAUUCAGACGAACUCCUGAAACCUCCUAAAACAUCGCUAUUUAGCUGUGCGCGUAAACAAACUCAUAAGAGCGAUCGUUUGCUACCGUAAUGCGCAUUUUUGAGCCGUUCUGCGCUCCCAGCAGUUAACGCCAUAAUGCAUCAUCAAGCUGAACUUUAAUACACUACAAAACUGGCUAAUGUUGCCUCGAUGCACCCGUCCUCGCUGAAGCUUUCUUGCCGCAAAGCCCUGCCAAUGAAAACUCCCCUUCUCCCCAAAUGAUAAAUCAAACUGCUUUAUAAAACAAGGAAUAUUGGUUGAAGAAUCGCUAAAUGAAGAUGCUAA